AUGAUGGUCAACAUGUCAUACGUUUCGGUUGCCAGCCGCGAUGAUAAACCAGCCUUACGGCUGAAUGUGGAGAUUGUCAUGGUUGCUGCAUUAGUUUGUUUUAUUAUGGUUAUUAUUGCGUUCGUCUUCGUCGCAUCCUCUCGUCAUCACUCCGCAUCUCCGUCGACAGACGUCACUGCGACGUCACAUCCGCGUCGAGGGAUAAAUAUCGCUGCCAUUGUUGCACCCUUUCACCGCGACACUUCUCCCAGGGACCCUGAGUCUGAUCAUAAUGAAGCUCAGGCACACGACGACGUCAGCUUGGCGACAUCAGUAACCACCGUAUCGCGUCAUCCUUCGACCCUCUCGGGAUCCACAGCUGUUGAGGGAAUACAGAAUCACGCGGUCAGCCCAUCUACUACAAAAAUGGAGGAGGUAGAUGCAAAUUCGAAGUCAUAA